CCAAAGACUCAGCUUUGUAUUCUGACUUCGUUUUGUUGCAGCGCAACAGGAGACUCGGUCAACCCUGAGCUGGGUCAGUCUUCGCGCAAGUUUGCCACCUUUCCGACCGCCUCUCAAGAAUGAUUAGUCUUUCUCCGUCCACAAGAGGUUCAUUAGGGCCUUACCUAGGUAUAGGCCUAGGCGUUGGCCUGGUUCUCGGCGGGGGAAUCGUGGGUUUCCUUCGCCACCGCCGGUACCAGGCCUCAAAGCUGCUCCACCUGCAGCAAGAGCGAAUUGUUACCUCAAGCGUCGCGGCUAACUCGUCGCCGGCUCCGGACGCGUGCGCAAGCGACUGCGCAAGCGAUGAAGCGCGACCGGCGCCCUGUGCGCAGCCCGGUGACUGCACGGUCGCCGGGUCAGCCGCUGCUCGGGACGACUGUGCGGAGAGCCGGAGUAACAGCAGUGACAGUAGCGACGGCGAGGCGCCGUCGCCUUCGGGCCGACAGAGCCUCGCCACCUUCCUGUCCCACCACGGCCUUGAGCGCUGCGUACCUGUGCAAGAGCUUGGACAAGGUGGCUUCGGGCGCGUUCAAUCAGUGAGCAUCCCGAUUCCCGGCGGCGGCGUCAUCAAGGCUGUGCGCAAGGAGAUCUUGCGCCGCACCGACGGCGUGUCACGUACCGAGCUGCUGCGGCAGGAGGUGGCGGGCACGCUCGCUGCACGGGGCUGCGCUAGCGCUGUGCAGCUGCUCGGCUGGACGGAGCCGCAGACGGAUGACGACCCGCAUGAGCUCCUGCUCUCCUACGUGCCGGGAAUGACCCUAUAUAAGUACCUGAACCUGCUGCACAUCACAUACAAGGACCAGUGCGCGGCGGAGGCGUGCACGAAGGGCAAGAAGGGCAAGCGGGUCAAGGCCCCCACGCCCCGCACCCUGCUGCCCACCCCGCUGCUCAAGAAGCUGGCCAUCUCGGUGCUCACGGCGGUGGAUGCCAUGCACAACAACAACAUGUGUCACGGUGACAUUAAGAGUGCCAAUGUUUUUGUCGACAACAGUGACGCGGGCGGCGCCAUAGGGUUUGUCCUGGGCGACAUGGGGACUGCCGAGCCUACCGACAGCGAGGGCAUGCUGAUAAGUGGCAGGAUCGGGGGGUCCCGGGCGACAGCGGCACCCGAGCAGCGCGUGUACCUGGUCGGGGGCACGCCGGCGUGCGGGCUGAGCCGCAUGAUUGACCUGGCAUCGGUGGGGCUGCUGCUUGCGGAGGCAGCUCAGUUCCGCUCUGACCCCGAGCGGCUGUGGGCGUACUCGGUGUUUGAGGACGACCUGGACGAGUGGGUGCCUGAGGGCUGCCGCGACCUGUGUGCGCAGCUGCUGGCCCCCUCGCCCUCCGACCGCCCCAGCGCCAAGGAGGCGCUUGCGCACUGGUGGCUGAACGAGUAAGACAGCCUGCGGCAGUCUGCAGCUUGGGCCGCAUGCAAGAGAGGGCCAUCGGGGUGGCGGACUCGAUGCAUGUGUAGGCCUGCAUGCUGUUUCUCAAAUGCGUCUGAAUCCAAUGCACGGUUUAAGAGCUUGGCUGGACUUGCAUCUACGGUGUGCUGGUAUAGGUACAGGUGGUGAACGCGGGCAUUGACCGAACGAACUGAGGAUAUGGGCAAAGGUGCAUUGGCUUCGCGAGGGCGUUACGUCGGGACUGCUUCCAAACAUGCGCAGCCCACAGAUGCAAUUUUUGAUACAAAGUAUGGGAGAACGUUAAUGGGGGGCUGUGCGCGUUCAGGGGUACACGGUGGACAUUCGGGACAGUGGUCGCAGAUGGGUGGGUGGGGACAGUUCGUGCCAGAUAUGUGGGGAACGCACGGUAAUUGAUGGGGCGCCUGAAAAGACAGAUGAGCCGGACCGGACCAGAGGAGGGAGAGAUUGGGCGGAAGGCAUCAUAUAAACAACUUCGGUAUCGAGCUUGGUUGGGCUGCAAUAACUGGGCCCACUACGUGAAAAUGCGCUGGUACGGAAAUGGCAAGAUGGCGCGGGGUGCUCUUCUGGACUGGCCACAGGGGUGCCCACGAAUGACUGUAUUCAGAGUGCAUAUUGUAACUGCAAUGAUUGUGCUUGGCGUGCGUGUGUCAGGGUAAGAUGAUGUGACCCCGGGAGGGCACCAUGUCUGGCGGGCAGCUCACCCCUGAGCAGACUACAGGCACG